AUUCAAGAAAUUUAAGCUCUACAAAUGAACAAAAGAGUUAACAAACACCUCAUUUUUACUUUUCGCUCGAAUAAUUUAUUUAAUUAGAGCAAACUGUUAUAGAUGUCUUAUAAAAAGCCCUGUCACAGAAUUUCCUGCAAACUCUAUUACUGUCAAUAAAAAGAUGUAGUUGCUUAAGUAAAUAGCUCGUAGCACACCGAACCCCUCCUAAGAAAGCGAGAAAACACUAGGCUCGAGCUCUGGGCAGGGUAAGUCACUCUAUAGUUUACUUUGGAGCGCGCCCGUGGGCUUCAAAGUUUUGAGUGCAGCGCUUGGAAUAAUUUAACAGGCAGGAGCCAUUUUAAGGUGCUACGCGCUACGUGUCCUCUUAAGAUCUCUUCGCUCUUUAGCGACGUUUUAGUGUAUGCUCAUAAUUUAGAAGUGUUGAACACAGUUUUACGUAAAACCCAAAGAGCACUUGACUGAUGAGUUUUAUAAAUUAGGAACUUCAAAGAAGCCGGAAAGGAGUCUGAGCCAGCAGAGAUUGUCCGAAAGAUGACUGCCUGAUGCUACUCACUGAACAGAGCCGCCAUUCAGGGCCAGAUCAGAAUUCGCAUCAUAUUUGUCAGCCACUUGAGCGCGCCAGACACAAAGUGUCUAAAGCAAAUCACACAUUGAUCAUAAACUAACAAAAAACUAAACAAAACAAAAACAGUUCGACUGCCCCUGGGUAUAAAAGUGAGCGGCUACACGCGGCGGUCGGUUAGUAAUAACGUGGACGCUGUCAUCAUCAACAUGCUGAGAACAAUUCCGAUUUGGGCGCUGCUUAUUUGUAGUGCGGUCACCGUGGCGGAAGCAAAGCCGUUCUUCGUAAAGGUUUUUGCGCCAAUUAAUGGUUACUCCAGUGGCACCGUCAGAUCCACUGCAACGGUGGCACCGGUCAACACUCAGUUGAUCUCUAAUCUUAUAUCGACGAAGAUUCAACUUCUCAGUAGUUUUCUUCAAGCCAAAUCAUCCUUUGGCGGAUUUGGCAUCCAGAAGCAAAUCACAUUUACAUCGGGCUCCACAUCAACAACGGAGAAGGCAGUGACCCAGCAAACCACAGAGGUAAACACAGAUUUUAUUCCGGAAGUUAGCUCCAGCACUCAAUCUGUGUACACAACAACAACAGACGGCGACAUUGCGACGCCGAAGCCUACAGUACAUCCCGUCAAGCCAAUUACAACGUCAACGCCACUGAUACCCACGCAGAGUACCACCGAGGGCACAGUGGAGUCUACUCCGGGAAGUACCCCCGGAUACACCUAUCAGACACCCUCAUCCACCACCCAUGGAUACGAGUACCAGACCCCCACACCCAGUACCAGCUCUAGCACCGUGAAUGCCUAUUACUUGCCCGCCUCUCGAUACUAAAUGUCUUAGUAUAUAAUCGAAUGUACAUACUCGCAGCUGUGCAGGUACAUUUAGUAUAUAAGUUAAGCGCUGCUAUCGAAUGUUUAUCUAUUAAUUGAUACUCAACUCUAAUCGUUUCAUUGGCG